UUAAAGAGUACCAAAAGUCGAAAGCAAAACGAAUACUCAAAAAAAAAUAAAAUGAACAUUUUAUCAAAAUUUUCAAUACUUUUGUUGUUGUAUUCAACAAUAGGAAGCGGUGUAAGUGGAUAUAAAAUUUUAGGCGCAUUUCCAGUACCCGUAAAGAGUCAUGGUAUUUUUUGUCAAUCGGUAAUGAAAGCAUUGGCAAAACAUGGACAUCAAGUGGACGUUAUUGUUGUCAAUGAACUGGAAAAUCCACCGCAAAAUUAUACGGUUAUUUAUAGUAUGUUAGAAAUUGUACCAUUUAUUGUAACUGACGUGACAUUUGAAUUCUUAGCAACUAAUUACACUAAGGGACCAGUUGAAUUUAUAUCUCACGAGCUGGGAAAUUCCGUUUGUGAGUUACUUGCCAAUGAAAAAGUGCAAGAUAUCAUCAAAAAAUUGAAAAUGAAAGCUGAUUACGAUCUUUUAAUUACUGAGGCCUUUGGGAUAAAUUGCUUUAUGGGUUUGGCGCAAUUUUUAAAUAUUCCAUUAGUAACUCUGUCGGCUCAAAGUUUGUAUCCAUGGGUGGAAGAUGCAAUCGGAUAUCCAUCAUCAUCUGCAACUCAUCCAAUUACUCUUUCUUCUUUAUUAGAAAUUAAUUCUUUCUGGGAUCGUUUGCAAAAUACCAUAGAAAAGCUUACUAUGCAGUAUAAACUUUAUUAUUACACGGAGAAAGUACAAACGGAACUUAUAAGGAAACAUAUAAGUCGAGAUUUACCGACUGUUAGCGAAUUGUCAGAAAGUUCGAUUUUGACACUAAGCAACACUCACUUCAGUUUUCAACGAAUUAAAAGCACAAUUCCAGCUUUAGUGGAAGUCGGAGGAUUACACAUUUUACAAGACGAAACCAAGCUGACGGCUAAAAUAUUAUUACGAUUUCAAGGAAAUGCAAAAAUGGAUGGACGAGAGUAAUCACGGAGUCAUCUACUUUUCACUUGGAACAAUAUUCCGCAUCGACUCGUUGCCAAAUGAAACAAUUCAUGCUUUUUAUUCAGUCAUGAGAAAACUGCAACCUAUUAGAUUUUUAGUUCGAGUCAAAUAUGAAGAUAAUCUUCCCCCU